AUGGACUACGAGUUCCCCAAACCGCCGCGCUCGCUCGUCGGCAAAGUCGCCAUCGUGACGGGGGCGGGCGCCCACGGCGACGGGAUCGGCAACGGCCGCGCAAUCGCCAUCCUGCUGGCCGAGGACGGGUGUGCUGUUGUCUGUGUGGACCGCGACGUGGCACUGGCGCAGCGAACGGUGGAGAUGAUUGAGGGAGAGAGAGGAAGUGGUAGCGGCAGUGGCAGCAACAAUAACAGCAGCAGCGGCGGCGGCGGCGGCAGUGGCAGUGGCAAUUUCAGUGGCAGCACCAGCACCAGCACCAGCAGCAACAACAACCCAGGGCCAAUUCUACAGUCAGAGGCAGAUUCAGGACCAAGUUUACAGUCAGAGGCAGAUUCAGGGCCAAGUCUUCCCUCAGAGGCAGAAGCAGAUAUAGAGUCAGGACAACCCCCACCGGCAAACCAUGCAGCCGCCGUUACCACCACCGCCACCUCUACCUCUACCGUCGCCGUUCCCAUCGCCGUCGCCAUGGCCGGCGACGUCAGCGUCGAGGCCGACUGCAAGUCCAUCGUCGACUCGACACUACAGCAGUUCGGCCGACUAGACAUUCUAGUCAACUGCGUCGGCAUCGGCGGCGCGGCCGGCACAGCAGUCGACGUGGACAUGGCGGCGUGGACGGCCUCGAUGCACAUCAACGUCGGCAGCAUGGUCAUGAUGGCCAAGUACGCGGUGCCGGCGAUGCGGCGCAACGCCAUCGAACCUAACUGGCUGUACCGCGGCGCCAUCGUCAACAUGGGCUCCGUGGCCGGUCUGAAGGGCGGCACGCCGCAUCUGCUGUACCCGACGGCCAAGGGCGCCGUGGUCAACAUGACCCGCGCGAUGGCCGCGCACCACGCCGCCGAUGCCAUUCGCGUCAACUGCGUGUGUCCGGGCAUGGUGUAUACGCCGAUGAUGUAUGCUGGUGGCCGCACCAUGUCCGAAGAAACCCGCACCGCCCGCAAAAAUCGCAGCCUGCUCAAGACCGAAGGCACCGGCUGGGACGUCGCUUGUGCCGUUCGCUUCCUGGCCGGUCCGCAGGCCCGCUGGAUCACCGGCGUCAUCUUGCCCGUGGAUGCGGGCGUCACUGCCGCCGUGGGCACCGAUAUUCCCAAGUCGGCCAGUGUGAAUGGAUGA